AUGGCGAGUCGAUCGAAUCGUUUCUUCCGCGCUCUGGGCUACGCCUCGGCCGCCGGUGCUGUCAGCGCAGGCGGUCUUUACGCCAUCUACAGACCUCGCGAGAUUCCUGGCUCAGAAGCCGCUGCUGUGCCGCCGCCCACUUAUGGCGAGGGUGGUGUUUUCAACCCUCCCAGCUUUCCCGAGAUCAAGUCCCGCGCUGCUCAAAUCGCCGACCUGAAGGCUUCAGCCGGCGCCGUGACAGGUGCCCUGAAGGAUGCAGGAAACAAGGUUGCCAAGGCUGUUGCCGGCUCUUCUGGCGACGUCCAAGCCGACAACCAAGGUAACAAGGGCGAGGAGUACGAUCUCCUGGUCAUUGGCGCUGGUGCAACCGGCACCGGUAUCGCCCUCGAUGCUGCCACUCGAGGCUUGAAGGUCGCAAUGGUCGAGAGAGACGAUUUCGCCUCGGGUACUAGCUCCAAGAGUACCAAGCUCGUCCAUGGUGGUGUUAGAUAUCUCGAAAAGGCUGUCUGGGAACUCGACUACAACCAAUACAAGCUCGUCAAGGAGGCUCUCCGUGAGCGUCGUUUCUUCCUCGACACGGCACCUCAUCUCUCGUCAUGGCUCCCUAUUAUGAUUCCUAUCAACAAGUGGUGGCAAGCUCCCUACUUCUGGGCAGGCACCAAGUUCUACGAUUUCCUCGCCGGUUCUGAAAACAUCGAAACUUCUUACUUCAUGACCAAGUCCAAGGCUCUUAACGCAUUCCCCAUGCUUAAGAAGGACAACUUGGUUGGUGCUCUGGUUUACUACGAUGGUGCCCACAACGACUCUCGCAUGAACGUCUCUCUCGGAAUGACCGCUGCUCUCUACGGUGCAACUGUUGUCAACCACAUUGAAGUCACCUCUCUUACCAAGGACGAGAACGGCAGACUCAACGGCGCUCGCGUCAAGGAUCUUGUCGCUGAGUCCAACGGCAGCUCCGAUGAGUUCAACAUUCGCGCAAAGGGUGUCAUCAACGCUACUGGUCCCUUCACCGACUCGAUCCGCAAGAUGGACGACCAAAAGGUCCCCGAGAUUGUCGCUCCCUCGUCUGGUGUUCACGUUAUUCUUCCCGGUUACUACGCUCCCGCCAACAUGGGUAUGAUUGACCCUCACACCUCCGACGGCCGUGUCAUCUUCUUCCUUCCCUGGCAGGGCAACACCAUUGCUGGUACCACCGACACUCCUUGCGACAUCAACCAGAACCCUAUCGCUGGCGAGGAGGAGAUCAACUGGAUUCUCUCCGAAGUCAAGAACUACCUCCAACCUGAAAUCACUGUCCGCCGUGGCGAUGUCCUUGCUGCCUGGUCUGGUAUCCGCCCUCUUGUCCGCGACCCCAACAAGGCCAAGUCUGAAGGUCUUGUCCGCAACCAUCUCGUUACCACCAGCGAGAGCGGUCUGAUCACCUGCUCUGGUGGCAAGUGGACUACUUACCGCCAGAUGGCCGAGGAGACUGUCGACGAAGCCAUCAAGGAAUUCAAGCUUACCACCGGUCCUCUUCCCAACCCUCCUCGCGUUUCUGGCUCCGAGAGAUUCAAUGACGCCGCCACUCUUGACGGUAGCUGUCAAACUCACCAGGUCAGACUUGUUGGCGCUCACGGUUGGAGCAAGACUCUGUUCAUCAACCUGAUCCAGCACUACGGAAUCGAGACUGAAGUUGCCAAGCACUUGGCUGAGUCCUACGGUGAUCGUGCAUGGCAAGUCGCUGCCCUCUGCGAGCCUACCGAGCACCGCUUCCCCGUCCGUGGUAAGCGUAUCUCGAAGCUCUACCCCUUCGUUGACGGCGAGAUUCGCUACGCCAUGCGCCACGAGUACGCCGAGACCGCGGUCGAUGUUAUUGCCCGCCGUACCCGUCUCGCUUUCUUGAACGCUCAGGCCGCUCUCGAGGCUCUCCCCAAGGUCAUCGACAUGAUGACUGAGGAGUACAAGUGGAGCAAGUCAAGACAGGACAAGGAGUGGAAGGAUGCUCUCAACUACCUUGGCAGCAUGGGUUUGCCCAAGGGCAAGCUCUCCCUGACCCGCUCUGAUGUCGAGGCUGGCAAGGUCGGCAAGUACGCUGAUGAGGAGUACAACCUCUACGCUCGUCAUGACAAGCCCCAAGAGCCCCUCGAAACCGACUCGAAGUUCGCCCACGGCCAGAACCCCACUAUCGAGGCCGACUCGCCCGUCAACAAAUGA